AAUUACUUGGCUAUGUAGUCUGUUUUUCGGCAAAAUGCGUGGUUUGGUUUUGUUGGUGUUGGUUGCGGCGGCAGCGGCGGCGGCGGAUGUGCCUGAUGCUGCAUACAUCGCGAACUACCAUAUGCUGGUGGGGAUUCCCCACGCCACCAGGAUCAAGGAGAUGGAAGACCAGUGGCUCAGCAGCCCGCUGCACCGGAUCGUGGGCGGGGCCGCGUCCGCUAUCUCCAGCCAUCCUUACUUGGCUGGCCUGGUGAUAACCUUCCCGAAUGGAGCGCGCUCGGCCUGCGGAUCCACGCUCCUCUCCGCCAACCGCUUGGUGACGGCCGCGCACUGCUGGGUAGACUCCGUGAACCAGGCCGCGCAGUUCGAGGUGGUCCUCGGCUCCCAGUACCUCUUCAGCGGAGGCACCAGGAUCGUCACCACCCAGGUCUACACGCACCCGUCGUAUAACCCCAGGAUUAGUCCGAUUGCCUUCGAUGUCGCUAUGAUCUACUUGCCUACCCGCGUCACUUUUAAUGCAAACAUCGCCCCAGUUGACCUCCCCUUCACGACUGAUAUUACUGAACAAUUCGCGGGAGUGACUGCUACUGCCAUCGGAUACGGAAAGACCACUGACUUGGAGAGCCUAACCCUCCAGACGUUCCGUCGCGAGGUGAGCCUGCAGGUGAUGGCGCAACCGCAGUGCAUCACCGCCUGGGCAGCCGGCACCAUCCAGGACUACAACCUGUGCACGGCGGGGCGCAGCCUGCAGUCCACCAACGUGGGCGUUUGUGGAGGAGACUCCGGUGGCCCGCUGACCACGCUCAGGAAUGGACGACGAGUUCUUAUUGGUGUAAUUUCCUUCGCGGCCGCGCAGCAGUGCCACAGCGGGUUCGCGUCAGGGUACUCACGAACCACCAGCUUCUACCAGUUCAUCCUCGAACAUUUGUUAGUAAAUUAAUAACCACAAACAUUAUAAAUUUUGUGUAGGUUGAAAAAUCGCAUGGAUAUCGGCACUCAACUGUUCCUUACUACAUAUUAGAAUACCAACUUGAUAAAAUAUUAUACUUACUUACAUUGAAUUAUAAAUAUAUACAUACCUACAUGUGCUCACGACUGUAAUCCCCAAAGGGGUAGUCAGAGGUAAGAG